UUCCGGAGGCACAUGCCGCCGAGACUGCUGCUGACAGCCCUGGUAAAGGCGGUCCCGCGCCCCUCUCCGCGGGCGGGGAGCGAGUGCGUGUGUGCGCGCGAGAGCGGCGGGAGGAGGCGCAGGCGCGCUGUUCGCCCGUCUGCAGCCCCGCGCCGAACGCCGCGUCUUGGGGAGUUGAUGGCAGCACCACAGUGCGGCCGCCCGGCCCAGCGCCGAGCGCAGCCACCCUCCGCUGCCCGAAGAGCGUCCAAGAUGUGGGGGGAUUGGGGCGGCAGCGGCCGCAGCGGCGCCAGGGACCGGGGCGCGCAGCAGCCUCCGCUCGCCCGCCUGUGCUGACCUGCCUCGCUUGCCCCCAAAGAAUGUCAGCCAAGUCCAAAGGGACCCCCGCCUCGUCCUCUCCAGCCGAGGGACCGCCGGCAGCCUCCAAGACCAAGGUGAAGGAACAAAUCAAGAUCAUCGUGGAGGAUCUGGAAUUAGUCCUGGGCGACCUGAAGGACGUGGCCAAGGAACUUAAGGAGGUGGUUGACCAGAUUGAUACCCUGACCUCUGACCUACAGCUGGAGGAUGAGAUGACCGACAGCUCCAAAACGGACACACUGAAUAGUAGCUCCAGCGGGACAACAGCCUCCAGCAUAGAGAAGAUCAAAGUGCAAGCCAAUGCCCCCCUCAUUAAACCCCCAGCCCACCCAUCUGCUAUCCUCACGGUCCUGAGAAAGCCAAACCCUCCACCGCCUCCUCCACGGUUGACCCCCGUGAAGUGUGAAGACCCCCAAAGAGUGGUGCCCACUGUCAAUCCGGUAAAGACCAAUGGUACCCUUCUGCGAAACGGAGGCUUCCCAGGGGCACCAAACAAAAUUCCAAACGGAGACAUCUGCUGCAAACCUGGCAGUAUUGUGGACAAGGCACCAGUGCAACCUCUGAUGCACAGACCUGAAAAAGACAGGUGCCCCCAAGCAGGUCCUCGGGAACGAGUUCGGUUUAAUGAAAAAGUGCAGUACCACGGCUAUUGCCCUGACUGUGACACCCGGUACAACAUAAAAAACAGGGAGGUCCACUUACACAGUGAACCUGUGCACCCACCAGGAAAGCUCCCUCCCCAAGGCCCUCACCACCCCCCUCCCCCUCAUCUCCCUCCUUUUCCGCUAGAAAAUGGGGGGCUGGGAAUAAGCCACAGUAACAGCUUCCCCCCUCUCAGACCUGCAACUGUGCCUCCUCCCACUGCACCAAAACCACAGAAGACGAUCUUGAGGAAAUCAACCACUACAACAGUGUGAUGUAUGCCAUUUAAAAAAAACCUUUUUGUUUUUUUUUAAAUUUCUAUAUUAUAACAUAAAAUAAUAAAUAAUGAGCACUUUCUACUCAAGCAAUAAAAAGCCCAAAUAUAUUUAUCCUGCAUUCAACAAAGUGGCAUAAAAAUCACCUGGUAAGUAUGCAGUAUGUUGUUUAUAUCCUGAGUAUACAUUGUUAAAAACAUUACUUCAUCAAAACCACAGCAUAAUGCAAAAACUGAAUAUAUUGUUUUUUCAGUUGACCUGUGACAAACUGUGACCUGUAGAUUUCAUAUAUUUUGAUUUACUAUAAGAGAUGGGAUUAGAUUCAUUUUAUUCAUGCCUCACUCAUCUAUGCAUUAAUAACAUGCCGUACUCUUUAACUUUGACCGAAUGCUUUUUAAUAAGAAAUUUUAAUACUGAAGGACUAUUUUAUUAUUUUUUUCUAAAUAUAUUUGUCACUAGUUUUGCAUUAUUAAAUGCUGAGAAUAAUAACAGAAAGUUUAUUUUCUCUACUCUACAAUUAUGACUAUGUGUUCACCGAUAUAUGUAAUGAAAGAUUAUGGUCUGUGAAAAUAUCUUAUGUCAAUAAACAACGGUAAAUAAUGACAAAAGCCAAAUGUUCCUCAGAAUUAUAGUGCAGCAGUGGUUCAUUUACUCCCAUGUUGAUAUUCAUCAAAGUGAAUAGCAACUCCAACAGAGUUCACAAGUCACAGUGAAUGAAUGUAUAUCAGAAGUUUUCAGAUAUCAUGAUCCAUGUCCUAAAUAGGACUGUACACAAUGUCAUGUGAUAUGUAACCAUUUUGGUACUUCAAGGAUGAUCUAUUGCAUGCCAGCCUCCUUAGAUGCUCCUCAUACUCAGCAUGCCUCCAGUACAUCCCGUAAACCAGUUCCCUGAAGCAGUAGGAUGACUUGCCUCCUGCAUCAGCUCAGCAAGCUCUUUGUCUCCCUGAGGGAACCCCCAUUUAUAGGAGAAUUGUAGGGGAUAAUAAACAUGCUUAGGGACAGGAUGUUUUUAUUUUAUUUUAUUUAUCUUUUUAGGGCCACACCCACAGCAUAGGGAGGUUCCCAGGCUAGGGGUAUAAUCAGAGCUGUUGCUGCCAGCCUAUGCCAGGGCCACAGCAAUGCUAGAUCUGAGCCAUGUCUGUGACCUACACCACAGCUCAUGGCAAUGCCGGAUCCUUAACCCACUGAGCGAGGCCAGGGAUUGAACCCACAUCCUCAUGGUUCCUAGUCGGAUUCUUUUCCACUGUGCCACGACAGGAACUCCUGAGACAGGAUGUUUUUAGCAUUAGCCCUAUCCUCAUUCCCCUCAGAGUGGAAAUAUGACAGGUUUCUUUGUUAUUAUACAGAAAGAAGACAGGAAAACCUUUCCUCUUAACUUCUAAUAAUUGUGGUUCUCUUUAGUCUUAUUUGGAAAUUCAGGUCACACUUACCCAUGGUCUAAAGUUUGCUUCAUAACUACCAUGAUUUAGACUGAUUGUAUGAUCUGCUUCUGCAGUUAGGAAUGAAUUUACUCACAGGGAACUCUAUUUAAUAUCCUGUGAUAAACAAUAACGGCAAAGAAUUAUGAAAAAAAUCAUUUUAAAAAAGAAUUAUGAAAAAGAAUAUAUGUACACUAAAUAUAUAUAUAUGACACACAGUCAGUUUGCUAUUUAUCAGAAAUUAAUACAACAUUGUAAAUCAACUAUACUUAAAUAAAAUUAGAAAAAAAGGAAAUGAGUUUACUCCCUUAGAAUCAUGACGAUAGACGAAUGCCUGAGCAAAAUGUGUUCCUUAAGUGGUGAGAGUAGAGGGAAUUUUCUCUGGAGAUUUGCUUAUUAUGCAACUUAAAAAGGAGUACUGUAAUAUUUUUGCUGCUACAGGAAGGUAGUCUCCAGUUAUAUUUCUUUGUUCCCUUUUUCAAGCUAUAUCAUCAUACUUUGGAAUAGUAUUUCUGAACAACUUCCUAUUAUAAGAUGGUAAUAUAUUUUAAGCAUAAAGAAAGAAAAGAGUUUUAUUUUUAAAAGAACAAUGAAAUGAGUGAAAAAUAGAGAUAUAUUGAAAAUGUACUCAGCAUGAUUUUUGUUCAGUGCUCAGUGGACAAGUAGAUAAAUAAUUGAUUUAUUGAAUACCAAAAUAACACAUAUAUUCUAAACUUUUUAAUAUAUGCAUUUAGGUUUUAUAUAAAUGAACCCAGGGUUGCAUAACCUUUCCACAUUUAAUUAUUUCCUUUCAAAUAUCCAUCCAGGGUUAGACCUUUUGAUAUUAAAACAUGAAGUCGUCUCCCUUCAGCUUAUCUUCCUUGCACAGCCAGUUACUGUGACCUAAUAAUUGCUUUAUCGUUUGAGACUUUGAACCUUGUUGAUGUCUGAGAACCCAUCUGGAUGUCAAGGUAGAGCUUACUAACCACCACAAAUCAUCCACAGAGCAGACAACUCAUUAACAAUAAAGUAUGUUGAAUAAGUUGGGUAGUUUAAGCUGGUCGAUGAAGGGCUUCGAGUCAGAUGCCUAGACACAAACUCUGGGGAUCAAAUCCAAAUUACAGACAAAACUACCCCAUGAAAGACCAUCUUUUAUGUUUGAUUAGUGACUUAUGCCAAAACCACAAUACCUGUUUUUAUUAACACAUUUAUACAUAACUGUUGGCCUAUAAAGCUGAGUUAAAUCCCAUCCUAAAAAAGUUAUAGUUAUUGACCUUCUUCUCAUAUUACAUUUUUAUUUAUUACAUAGUCAACAUUAAAUGUUAGGUUACGGCAGUGUUGAGAUAGUCUUUUUAACUUAUUUGUUCCAUAUGUUCCUUUUUUUCACUCUUGUAUGGAAUAUAUUGGGCCUGUAGUUUUUGGUUUAUUUUUCCCCCAACUGAUAAUUUUGCAGCUUUCACUGGAACUUAGUCAUGUCUUUAAAUAUACAUGAACUUGUAAAACAUGGAAAGCAAUUAACAUAGAGUGUCAUAAUAUUUGCCUGGAAACUUGUAAUUAAAGUGUCAUAAGUGGCAGUGUGGGUUUUGUAAUCAGCCAACAUUGCUUUCAAACUUUAAAUUCUAAAGUGCAAGCUCUGCACAUCAUUCAUUACAUCAUCACAAAACAUGGUCUAUAUUUCUUCUUCUUGAAGAUAUCAAAUCAGAAAUGCUUUUUUUUCAAAUUUUUAAGGCCAAGUUGUUUUUUCACAGAUGGCUUUAACUCUCUUAUUCACACAUAGAACAGUGUACCAAAGAGCUGGCCUCCACAUUCCUUUGAAGGUGAUGUUCCCGCAAAGUGUAAAAUAGUGAGACUGCUUAUGACAAUGUCUAUUCAUAGUGGAAGGUGGAACGUGUGGUUCAAAUAAAACGGUGUCCAUUAAUUAAAUUGGAAUAGGAAAGAUUUUUGUCUUGUUAGUUUAAGCAAAGAUUGUCCCAUUUUUGUGAUGGUUUUUUUUUUUUCCUCCAGUGAUGAAAGGCAAAAAGAAAAUAAAAGUGACCACAGUUCUUUUCCAUCUCUUAGUAUUUAUAGCUUUAAAAGGAAAUAAAAUGGAUAUGUUUUAGGCAGUGUUUAAGCUAAAUAUAAAAUAUCUGCUCAAAAAUACAGGGUAUGCAAGAAGAGAAAUUCCCCAGUCUUCAGUUUAAUAUUAUAUUCAUACCUCUUCUCAUUUGUUUAAUAAUUGUCUAUGAAAAAAUGUCUGCUAUUAACUAAAGUGGUUUAAUUAAAAAAGACUGUCUUUGAGUUAUGCCCAAAUCUAACUAUUUAAUGAAUAAAGGAAGAAGGUAUUAUAAUAUAUCGCUUUCUUUGGAGAGAUCAAUAGUUGGUUUUAAAAUGACUAAGAGCAGCAGCUACACAGCUUGUCUGAAACUAUGCAAGUUUUUUUUUUUUUUUUUUUUUUUUUUUUUAGUCCUUUUUUAGGGCUGCACCCAUGGCAUAUGGAGGUUCCCAUGCUAGGGGUCUAAUCAGAGCUGUUGCUGCUGGCCUAUGCCAGAGCCACAGCAACACUAGAUCCGAGCCACAACUUACACCACAGCUCAUGGCAAUGCCAGGUCCUUAACCCACUGAGCAAGGCCAGGGAUUGAACUGGCAACCUCUUGGUCCCUAUUUGGAUUUGUUUCCACUGUGCCACAACCGGAACUCCCAAGACUUUUAGUCUAUAGGUUCUAAUUAUAGCUCCUUUUGGUUGCUCUGUGAAAAAAAGCCUGAGUAGUUCCACAUGUAAUUGCACUGGGAACAGUGUAAUCAAGUCAUGAAUCAUUGCCUUGACUGAAUUUUUCCCAGAGAACAUAUUCAUUAACACAAUGUCAAGUCUUGUAAUUGUACUGAUUCAGUUUCUUUCCCUCGAUUUUCUGUUGGUAGCACAUUUUGCUGUAUUGUACACUCAGAUUUGUAGUAAAAGAUUGCAUUGUAAUGUCCUUUGGUAUAAACAUGAUUUCUAAGUGAGAAAGUGAUUUAUGAACAAUAAAAUUCCAUAUCGCAUAAGUAAAAUGCACAUAAUCUGACGAUCACUAGACAAUAUUGGAAAAUCACAUGCCAUUUUCUGGAUCAGUAUGGAACUGUGACACUGUUCAAAUUUAUAGACUAAACGUUUUGGAAUUUUGUAAUUGUCCAAGUCUUUUUUUUUUUUUUUUUUUUUUUUUUGUCUUUCUGCCUUUUCUAGGGCCGCUCCCUUGGCAUAUGGAGGUUCCCAGGCUAGGGGUCUAAUCGGAGCUGCAGCUGCCGACCUACACCAGAGCCACAGCAAUUUAGGAUCCAAGCCGCGUCUGCAACCUACACCAUAGCUCAUGGCAAUGCCAGAUCCUUUAUCCACUGAGCAAGGCCAGGGAUUGAACCCGCAUCCUCAUGGUUCCUAGUCAGAUUCGUUAACCAAUGUGCCACAACAGGAACUCCUGUCCAAGUCUUUUGAUUCUGAAAUAAUGACAGAUGUGAUACUACUAUUAGGGCAGACAGCAAUGUUGAACAUAAAACUGCAUUAGCCGCAGUUUAUGGAACAUCAAUUAUGUAGGGUGCAUUUCAUUGAAAGCACUUGGAUUUAUCAUCCUGGUCUUUUGGGAAAAAACUAAAGUGGAAACAGAAUGAAGCUCUGCAAAUAAAAAGUAAUUAAAUCAACACGGGGUAUAGCAUUAUGUGAAGGAAAUAUUGUUUUUUUAUGACUUCUAGACUGAUCAAAGAUAAACUAUUAUUUUUAACUACUUUCUGAAACUUUAUGUACAUUAUUUUUUUCUAAGACUCAUAUGGAUGUGUAAAAUAGAUAUUAUUAUCCUGAUUUACAAGUGAAGAAAUCAAGGACCUCAGUUUCAAUGUUUUGCUAAAACUAACCCCUUAGUAGGUGACCGGACUGGCAUUUCAGUACCAUCAGGACUUCCUAUAAUCCACCCCCCCCGGAACAUCACCAUUUAAUUGUGUUCUUCAUAGCUCUGAACUUUGCAGUUUUUUUUUUUUUCCUUUUUUCGGAGGAGUUAUUUUGAUGCUCGAAAGAGGUUAUCUAAUGUUAUUUUGACAUUCUUAAUGUGUUUGAUCUUUGUAGAAUGUGGAAGGGAUUUCAGGCAAUUUAGCUACCGUCAAAAAUGAAUGAGCUGUUGAAUAACACAAGCCUCAUUUUGUCAUAUAUUAUACCAGAGACUUCACCUUUCUUUUUUUUUUUGCUCUUAAGUUCAAAGGCUAUAUUUUGAACUUUUUUUUCCCUUGGAAGCUCUUAUUCUAUAAUAUUAAUGCCAUUUGACACUAACUGUGUCACUUCCAUUACUAGUAUUCCAUUUAUGAGUUUCAUCUGUUUAACAUUGACCCCUACAACUAAAAAUAGCAAUAGAUCUACUCUGUGGAACCUCUAAAGAACCAGUGCAUUAGAGCUCUAAUAAAAGCAUUUCCAUCCUUCUAUUAGACUACAGAUAUGAUUUUUCCACUGUUUGAUAAUGUUGUCGAUUCUUUUAACAAGCAAAGGGAAUUUGGGGCCAGCUAAAUAAAACAAUGUGUGCCCUUGGGUAGGUUACCUUUCAUGUUGGCAAUACAUGAUAUCUAACCCUUAUCAAGAGCUUACUUUGUGCUAUUCUUUUAUGUGUUUUGUAUGUGUUAUUUUUCUCUCAUAACAUCAUUUUUCCUUCCUAACAAUGUAAUGUCUGAGACACUAUUAUUAUCUGCAUUUUACAAAUGAGGAAACUGUGUCAUCAUUUGUACUAGAAAUAUACAGUUCAAGGUCACAGAGCCAGUGAGUGGUCAAGCCAAGACUGUAAGGCAGGCAGCCAGCCAUCACAGCCCAUGUCCUUCAAGCUUCUGAGAACUGCCCAAAGGACAGUGUUUGCAUUGUGCAUGGGUCAUCUGUAAAGCUUACAGUCAUUUCACUGAAACUUCCUUAAAACUCGUUAGGAGAUAUAAAAUAAAAGCACAAGUCAAGAUAAAACUAGUCCAUAUUGUGGUAGCAAACCCGUGUAUCUCAGAGGCAUUUGAGUUACUUCUUGCUCAAACUUCACCGAGUCCAGGAGCCUCUCCAGGGCAGGUGUCCCUCAGGCAGUCACUCAAUGAUACAAUUUGUGUUGAACCUUUGGAUCCACCACCUGGUCACUCAUUUUCCAGAACCACCUCAACAGAAGAAGGGGAGAUUGGAGACUCUUAGCUUGCUUUUUCUUUGUCCUUGUUUGUGUCAUUGGCCAAAACUAGUCAUAUGGGCCUUCCUGUUGUCUCCAAAUGCUCAAGAAAAGGAAGGAAAUCCACCAGUGGGUGAGUACUAGUUGUUCCUACCAUAGUUUGCAAAGGAGUAAUUUUGGGGUAUAUGUAUAAUUUGAUUACAGAACUCUAUUUCUUUCCUUUUCAUAAUUACUUGAUGUUUGUUUAAUUGCACCAUAAAUUUGGAUGCCUCUUAGUUUAAACAAAAAUGGAGAGAAAAGAAAUGAAUCUGACAACAGCCUUGCUAAAAAUUUGGUGAAGGGAAUUGGCAGUAUUUAUGAAGAUGGGGGACAAAUUUUUUCACAGCCUUAACCACCUUAUUUGGAUUCCAUCUGAAGUUACUCACCAAUUUUUUUUUUUUUUUUUUAGUUAAACAUUUGGGAAUUGUAUACUGAAUUUUUAGUUAAAUUUUUAAAUAAAGAAUUUUUCAGUAAUUAGAUUACUAUGUGAAUGAUUAUUCCCAUAAGGAGAGUUAAACCUUAUUUGAAGACACUUAUCUAGGAUUGUCAAAAAUAUGAAUCUCUCCUACAGAAAUUUUGCCAUCAAUUAUGUAAAUUAUGACAUUUGUAUUUAUAAUAUUUAGAGGGCAGUAUAUUAGGAUAAAAGUAUAAGUUUAAAAUCAGAAGGCCUGGAUUUGAAUCUCAAUUUUUCCAUUUCCCAAGUGUGCUUAGUCACAUCUUUUAACCAGGCUUGAGACUUGCUUUAAAGUAAAGGUAUGGUGACACUUUUUUUCUACCUCGUAGAGUUCUUAAGUCAUUAUCCUCCUCCUAGUGCAUUUUGGGCUCACCCAACCUCCUUUACAAAGCAGGUGGCAAGGAGAUUAAGACCAACAGAAAGAUGCUGCAGUUUGACAGACUCCAAGUGAAUGUCUAUGACAUCAGGACCAUAAGCUUCAGCUCUACUUCACCGGCAAUGCUGAAAGGCAAAAUGGAUGAGACAAAAUGGAUAGGUAGUUUCAGGAAUCCAGAAGUUGGUAAUCUUCAACACAGCUGAAUAGGCACAAUGACCAAAUAACUUCCACCUCAUUUUUUGCACACGUCAGAAAAACCUCCCAAACUCUUCCUUACAGCAUCCUCUAGGUUGGAAUGAAGUAAACUGUGUAUGGCAGUACAGCUGAUAAUUAUUAACUCUAUGUCUUGUUUUAAAGUCUAUUAUGCUAUUUGUAAGGGAUGAAAGCUCUGUUGACACAGAGUGGGUUACACAUAUAGUUCAGUCAUAUUUUCCGCUUUGUUUAUUUGCUUCCACUAUUUUUCAGCUCAUGUCCCUCUUCUGUAUACAAAAAUAUAAAUGAUAUGCAUUUCCCCUGCUUUAUGUUGUCUACACCUUCCCAAGGAACUUGUUCCCCAAACUGCGUGGUUUUGCACAUUUUAUUUCUACUCUAGUAAUUUGGAGAGACUAUUCCCCACUACACUAACCAGCCCCUACUACACUAGCCACCCCCACGGAACCCAGUUUCCUAACAUUUUUUCCUCUGUGUUUCUCCUCUAAAGGAUUUUACCUUUUAACACACUGUUAUAAGGCCCUAAUGAUUUAAGGAAUGUGAGAGCACUUUGGUAACAGUGAUGCAUAUCAAACUAUCCAUAUUCCUUGCUUAUCUUGUGGAUUGAUCUGUAUUUGCCUAGGUGGAUGCUAAUCAUAUUUUAUUCAUCUCAUUUAUAAAGUAAUUAUUUUACAUAGAUUUGAAGUUACUAUUAUCAAGUAAGCCUAAUGAUUUUGUUAGAACUUUGCCAGUUCAUAUGUAGAACUCUCAUUAUUGAGUUAGUAAAUUUUAUGAAUUAAUAAGUCAGAAAAUGAACAUGAUAGAAAUUUGAGGUGACUGCAGCAGAGAGUAGAGUUUAUUAAACUGUUUUGACAAGUACAGCUUAAUUUUAAUUAUUUAUGGUAAUAUUUAACAGCACAUGAGUAAAUUCACUUAGAAUAUAAUUUGUCAAAUAUAAUUAAAGUCUAAUACCACUAAGCCUUUAUAAAUCUCCUAAAAAUGUUUUAUUCAAUUAAGAGAUUAAAUCAUCAAGCUUUUGUUUAACAAAAGAAUUUCUGUGUUUGUGGUUAAAAACAUUUGUCAGUGAUAUUAUUAAAAUUUGAAAAGGCAAAUUAUUUUUCUUUAAACAGAGUCUGUGAUGUAUUUGAGUACAUGUUUCAGUGACUUACCUUCUAAAAGGACUAAACUGAAAGUUCUUGAUCACAAUGAUUUAGGGCUUAUGUAUAAGUAAAUAAAUAUUACUAAUAACAAUCCAAAAUUAUCAUCUGAAACUAUUAUUUUUCUAAUAAUUCAAAACACUCUUUAGGAAAAAAAUGUAAUAUUUAAAUUUAUUUUAUCUCCUUUUCCAAAACAUCACAGUUUGAAAUAAUGACUGCAUUUUGCUUGGUAUUUGAAAUACAAUACUGAUAUUCUGUUUCUUUUUUUUAACAGAAUUCUUUUCCUGUGUGGAUUUAUUAUCAGUAUUGUGGAGAAUUAAUAUUAAAAAUAGCUCAUUUUUAUGAUUUCCCAAUAGAUCUUCUGAUCAUCAAAGCUAUAGAUUUUAAUCUGGAUUUAACUUUGACAUCUCCCUUGUUCUUUUUAUCCAAAUAAUUUGAAUUUUUUGCCAAGUCUUUUUUUUUCCUUUUUUUUUUUUUAGUAAUGCCAUUCCCAAUCACUCUCUCCUUGGAGAGGCUUUUAUCCCCUGAAUUCUGACAUUACAUUGCCACCUGCUUGUCACUCGAACUCUUGCCUCCACUUAACAGUUCAUUCUGCAAGUAUGCAGCAGAGAAAUUUUCCUUUCAUCAUUUUAUCUCAAUCCAGAAAUUUUGAAGUCUCAGGAUAAUCUACUAGUUAAAAUUCUUAACUGUGGACUUGGCAGUUCUAGCAAAAACCUUCCAGGGCUGUUAUUACAAGCACCCAAUCUAGGGAGCUCAACAGUGGUAAGAUUGUUCCAGCAAAAUAGUCUAAGGACUGACCCUUGGAAUGUCUUAGUUCCUACUGCUUCAGAUUUUCUCUGUUUAAGCCUGAAAUAAUUUUUUCUCCUUACUGCAAGAGAGGAGGUUUUGUAAAUCUUGCUCUAGAUUUCCAUUCUUUAUCUGAAUCCUUUCCUAACAAAUACAAUAAAAUAUUUUAAACAACACCACAGUGGUAAUUGGGUGUUUACACAGGUAAAAAUUCAAAAGUCCAAAACCUAAAAAUGCAUUUGGAAAAAAUAGCCAACUAUUAUUUAAGUAAAUAUGAAUUUAAAUGCAUGUCAUCUCUUAAAUUAACAAUAUUAUGUAAAGAUAGUUGUUUACCAUCUACUUUCUCCAGAAAAAAAAAAAUAAUAGGAUAUUAGAGUAGAAGAAAUUUACAAUGGUUAAAUACAAUCCCUUCACUUAAUAGAUUAGAAAAUUGACCUCUUAAUAAGACAAAUAAAUUCAUGCAAAUUCAGGUACAGAAAUGAAACUUUCCUCUGUAGAUGAAGUUUAUUCCUAAGGUAAAACAAGCAGUAGAAGACAGAUUGGUGCAUAUUGGUGUAUGAGAAUUGGAAUCUGGCAGAGAAGAAGAAUAACAAUAAAAUUUGAGCUAGUAAUGUAAAGUAUUACCACAUAUGCAGAAAGUGCUAGGCAAAAAGAAGGAAGGGAAGUAAAAUGAAAAAUUCAGAUAAAGUAGGCAAUUAAAAUAUUUACUGAAAAGGUGAGCUGAAAUACAGUGAAAUCAAAUGAAGGCUAUGCACUUAAAUAAUAUGUGAAAGUUUAAUUGUAUUUACUGCUUAUAUAGCAUGUGACUCUUUUAUUUGACAUAUAUACAUUUUUUAAUUUAAAGAUACACUCUACUUUGGCAACAAUGUGGGAGAAAGUCCUUUAUCUUCCCAGGGAUGUAAAUAGCUGAUAAGAGAGAUUUGUAUGUCAGGUGUGUAGUUUAAAUGUUUCCAUGAGGAUGAGGCUGUUAGUUAGGUUUAUAUUUAGUCUUUUGACUGCAAGCAUUUAAGAUCCUUAUCCUAAGCUCUACCCAAACGUAUACAUUGGCAUAGUUGGGGACAAAUGAGUACUCUCAUCUGACAAGGACCAUGGUGCCAUAUCCAAAGAUAAAAGAGAUAAAUACAGUUUGCUACUGGAAUUCUAUAGCUGACAUUCUCCUUAAGCCACCCUAAACCUAGCUUCACUUACUGGAAUAGAUAAGCAAGUUGUAUGAGUUUUCUUUUCGGUAAGUAAAUUCUAGUAAUUUUCCCAUGGUUAUGUUCAGCAUUCACAUCAAAUUUAUUUCCUUAGCCUAGAGAACAGAAGCUUUAUGUUCUUUUAUUUUCUGUAGAGUGCCUAUCAUGUAAAGUGAGUAUGGAACAUUCUGCUGUGCUUGAUAAAAUCACUUUGAUAAAGAUCAUCAGCCCUCUUAUUACACAUUUGUUGACUGAAUUCAUAGAAUGAACAAUCAGGUUUAAAGUGUUUUAUGGAUUACCAUUUCCUAUCCGCAUAGUUUUUGCUAUGGCUCUUAUUUAAUGUAUUGUUCCUUGCAGUGCUUAGGGAGAUAGGAGUGAAAUUUGAAAAGGCUAUUUUUGUAUCUUUGGUUCAGUGUGUUUGAGAGUUUCCUCAUUGAUAGUUAAAAAGUGUGACAUUUACUUAGCUUGAAGUUAUAAAGGUUAGCCCACAUAAAUUUCCUAAUCCAUGAAAUGAGGGGAGCUAGUCUGGAUUUCCUAUAACCUAUGGGCUGUUAUUAAAUAGCAGCUGAUACACGCAGCUGGCAGUAAAACUUUUCUCUAUUGAGUCAGAUACUAAUGAUUCAUCUGUGUUUAAAUACACAAACACAGAACUGUGGGGUUAUUUUUUCAGUGUCAAAAAUUCAAGAACAGAAGCUAAUAUGAGAACACAGGUUCUUACACUCCUUUCUGAACUUCCUAGGAAAAUGGCUCCUUAAAAAAUGGGGAGAGGAAACAAAUACCACUGAAGAGAGUGGAGAAGGAUAAGAAAUGCCCAUAGAUUCUGAGCAGACAAUGCUGUGGAAAGCAGAGUUCCCAGGUGAUCUUAGAUCUUGGAAAUGGGCCAUAGUGCGGACAGGGUUUCCAUGAUUGUGGAGAAACUGACUCCAUUGGCUUGACAUUCUCUUGAAUCGUCUUUCCUGUCCUAGGGAUGUGUUGCAAAUCUGAAAGAACCCUGGGUUCCUAUAAAAGAGCAUUGCUAAUUGUACCAAAAUAAAUGACGUUUUCCAGAUGGAGAGAUGAAAAAAUCUGAGAAUAGAUGUACUAAAACUUCUUAGAAUCAUAUAGUAUAGAAGCUAAAGCACCAUGGUGUUGAGGAAUAUUUCAGAUCCCAAGAGUCUAUCCUUUUGCUUUCCUGAUAUACCAGUUUAUGUCUCAAUGCUGACUAAAAAUCAGAAUCACCUGGGAAGAUUUACACCCCAAGCCCUAUCCUGCACCAGUUAAAUCAUAAUCUCUUCAUGGCUGGUCCAAAUAUUAGAUUUUUUUAAAAUUACACAGGAGAGGGGACUGUACUUAGUAUUUUGUAGUUACUCAUAAGGGAAAAUAAUCUGAAAAAAAUAGAUAUAAUUUUGUAUAAUAUGUAUAAUUGAAUCACUUUUCUGUACUCCUGAAACUAACACAGCAUUGUAAAUCAACUAUACUUUGAUAAAAAAUUUAAAAAAUAAUAAAAUAAAAUUACCCAGAUGAUUCUAGGAUACCAGCAUACUAAGAACCACUAAUAAUAAUAUAUAGAAAAUGAUACACCUUAUAUUAUUUCAUUCAAAUUAUAGUAGCAUGAAAUUAGUGCUUAUGGAAUCUGUUUACCUUUUCUUUUUAAGCUAGAGACAGAACUGUACUUAGAAGUCUAUAUUUUAAAGAAUUUAUGGGGAGCAUUAAAGUCUUGUUUUGGUUACUACAGCAUUAAAAAAGGUAAUUAAUUCCUGAGCUAGAGAUCUAUUUAAGGUAAGUUUCAAGUGGGGAGUGUAUGUCUUCCAUGUUUUGCCUUACCUCUCAGUUCCUGUAUUUUACUGCAUCAGUAUCUAUUGUAAAAAGUGAAAAGUAAAAUUUGCUAUUAAAUUGUGACAAACCAAAAGUUGAAUUGCAUGCAUUUUAAGAAUAUUGCUUUAGUAUCAGUAGUGUGCAAGAUAUCAGUAGUGUACAAAAUAUCAGUAGUUCUAAACUGAUUAUGAAUAUAGAAUGUUAUUCUAAUUUUAUGACAGUAAUUCAUACCUAUUAAUUAUUCAGAUUUGCUGACGGUGCAUUUAUGCUAAAGUAUCAAAUAUAAUAUUCUGACAUUGCCAGAAAUCUUAUAUUCUUCUUGGCCUCCCUGAAAUUCUACUUUCUAUAAGUCUUGUUGAUUAAUUAUAACAAACUCAUAUAUAUCUUGGUAUUUUCCAUAUGUGCUUUAAACAUACUUUAAAUGUCUGUUUAUUUAUUCCAUUUUUUAUGCAAAGGAAGUAGAAGUCAAUUUCAGUGUUAAGAAAAAUAAUAGUCUUCAUAAUCUCUAUUCAUUAUGAUCAUCUUAUGUUCUUGACACUAACUUUAACAAACUUUCAGUUUUUUUUUCUUUCUUUCUUUUUUUUUCCUAAUUUUAUGGCCCCAUCUGGAGCAUAUGAAAGUUUCCAGGCCAGGGAUUGAGUCUGAGCUGCAGCUGUGACCUCUGUAGCACCUGUGGUAAGCUUGAAUCAUUUAACCAACUGUGCUGGGCCAGGGAUCAAACCAGCCUCUUCAGUGACCUGAGCUGCUGCAGUCAGUUUCUUAAUCCACAGAACCACAGUGGGAACUCCCAGUUUUUCUUUAUUCCUUUGUUUUUAUGCUCUUUGACUAAGGAAGUAAAAGCUGUUGUUGACAUCCAGGAUAUAAGCUAACAGUAAGAAUAUGCAAGCAUUGAAAGUAUUCAAAUUCUGUAUUAAUCAUUAAAGAUAGCAACACAUAAAUAAUUUGCAGGGCUUUUCUCUGAUCCUAUGGUAAUUACACUUAGAAAUAAAGAACGCCAGUUAAAUUGAACUGGAGUCUAUCAUAGGAUGAUGUGGAUAGAAAAAAUUAUAAAAUAUUUCAGACUAAAAAAAUUAUCAAAUAUUCCAACAGAGAUAAAUCUUGGUGUGUUACUAAUUGCUUAAUGCAUAACAGAAUGGGAAUCUUUGAAAAUGACUUUUAUUCAAAAAUUCACAUUGUAUCUCUUGUCAUUCCCCUUUAAGAGUCAUUUAGCAAAGUUUAGAGAGAGGGAAUAUGAUGAAAAUGGGUAUAAAAAUGGCUCCAAUCUUAGGAGUGAUCCCUACAGAAUAAAAAGACAAGAGGUCAUUUUUAUAUUCAUGAAAAUCAAACUGAUAAUGCUUGUAAUUAUCACUCAGAGAGCAGCUUGGAAGAAGGAUUUCUUUGAUUUGAUUCUGGAACACCUUUAGACUCUUUUGGUUUCUGAGAUUGUUGAUAUUGGUGAACUUGUCAUCCCCAUGCCUCCCAAAGUGAUGACAUUCUGAUAUUCUUGCUUCAUGUUUGUAUCAGUUCCUAAAGAGGAAACUUGCAGCUUGGCUUAGGAAACAUAGUAUUUGCCCUCUCUGCUUGGAAUCUGGUGUGAGUGGCACUGUGUUUGGGCUGUAGACUUUCUGCAUCCUCUAGCUGGGAGAUAGCUAUCAACAAGCCACAUCAUUAUUAUAGGUGCUAAUGUGCAAGCAUUCAAGCCGGCUCAGCAAAUGCUGGAAAUAGAACUUGCUCUUAGAUUCCUUGAGUGUGUUCUUACAUUAAACACACACACACACAUACACAAAGGUGAUUUUUUUUUAAGUUGUCUAUCCACCAUACCAUGCCACUCUACCAGAUGUUUGAAAAAAGUCAUUUGGGAUUUUCAGGGAUCUCUAUACAGAGAAUUGAGUGCUUUGAAAGAGAGGGCAAUGGAGAGAAAGUUACAUGUACUAAACAACCAUUAUUUGCAAUGUUAGGUGUUUUAUUUUGUUUUCUUUUUUUUGUUUCUGUAACAUUUAUUUCAUAAGAGAAAAAUGGAUGGAAUUCAAGCAUCUAUGGCAAAAUAUCAGCUCCAAUAAAGCUGGUUGGUUCUUGUAUUUUUUUUAUACUACUAUUUAUGUUUGACCCUUGCUUUUAAUUUAAAAAAAAAAUAUUCAAAGUAAUUUAAAAAUAACGUUGGGUAUCCCAUAUACACUAUUUUAUUUAAUCUUUAUAACAACACUUGUCAAAGAAAAAUAGCUCUGACAGGUUAAAUAGUCUAGGAUGACUUUAUUCAAGAUUACUGAAGUAAGGGAGAAAGACUCAGCUGAAACAAGUCAGGAGCAUUUUUAGCUGUAAUAAGCUAGUGAGCAGAACCUUCACUGGGGGAGUUUGGGUCCAUGUGUUGAAGGUUCUCUCCUCUCAGUCUCCUACUCUUGCUCAGAGAUAGGGAGAUAUGGGCAGGUGUGCUACAGUCCUUGAUGAUUACACUUCAAAAAAAGAUGGCUCCAUGUGGAGAGGGGCAUUCCUGCAUUUUAAAACUAGCAAGAGGUUAAGAAAAGAUUGACAUUUCAAAGGGCAGCAAGAGAAUGUAUAACAAAGUUUUCUAAAGUAAACUAAGAAAAGGAAGGUCAGAGGCUGAUAGGAAGAAGCCUGCUUAAAGCUGAGUUUAGCUCUCUUCCCAUUUAAGGGGGGGGCAUUUAUUUCCUUGUUACUAAGACACCAAGGCUUAGAGAGGUUAAGUUUAUUUAUUCUAGGUUUCCUGGUAUUAAGUGACAGAGUUGACCAUAAUUGACCAUAACCUGACCAUAAUUCUGCUCCAAAACCUGUGAACUUUCCAGUACGCUUCGGCCUUGCAAAAAUCCCAGGCGAGAGGACAACACCAGCCACAGAAGACGUUUCCAAGAGGUUUAUGAUAGCAAAGACACCUCUUAUCCUUCAGCAAACUCUCUUCUUGAAUUUAGUAACUGCCGAGGUUACUGCUUCACUUUUCCCAGCAUUACAUUUACUGUUAAGAAACAUGGUUAAUGUUGUUCAUUCCUUGUUUUUAACAUUAGGAUGUUUGAAAGACAAGACUUUUUUUUUUUUUUUUUUAAUGAUGACUAUCAAAAGCGAGAAAAUUCCAACUAGUGUUCCAGUAAUAUCUAUCAUUUAUUUUGGCUUUUCAAUAGAACGGCGAUUACUCAUUUUUCUCCUAUCGAAAUGGCCUUUUUUCUUCUACCAUAGCACUAAUAAGCUCCCAGUUGGAUUUUAAUUGUCAGGAAAUUAUUUCCUUAGGAUAUCUUGAAUGAAAUUAUCUUAAAACAUCUUUGCUUGAAUAUGCCAAUAUUCUAGUAAACCUCACACAGGAAAAGCUGAAAAUUCUGUGAUUAUUUUUGAAGAAAUAAAGUGGAAAGGGUAAAGGAAACACUUGAGAUUUUAUGAGGUAUAGGGAGCCAUUAUCAAGUACUGUAAAUACGAGGAAAAAGAUUAUUUUGGGUUGUAUUAAGCACAUCUAUUUUAAAAGGAGACCAGAAUUAAACUAAAUGCAUAUCCGUUUUUAAGAGUUUGGGAAAAUAGAAAGCAGAAUUAAAGAAGGUGCAUGGGCAUUGUCAAACACGUUUAGUUUAAAUUAACAUAUAGUUGUUAACGGUAUCUUCAGGCCCUUCUUGACUGAUCAUCCGCAAAUGAUCCCAGUAGUUGCAGUGAGAUUUUUUUCAGAGCAGAAUUUUAUCAUUGUCCAAAAUACCUUACACUUAAUUUCAAUCUUCAGCAUUCCUUUCAAAAAUCUUUAUAAUUACAUCUAAGCUUGUGUAUGAUAAUCUCUACUUGGAAAAUUUUAUACUGAAAAUAAACAACUUUUAUUAACCCCCCCAAAUCCAAAUAAAGCCCAGUGAUCUUAUUUUGAUAUUGCAAAACCAGGACGGUGGACUGAUUCAAAUAGCUUUAGUUUUGAUGAUGGCUUAUUUUCAAGUUCAAGUGGCUUGGUACGAGCUGAUAUACUUAAAGGUUUUAAAUUUAUAAACUGUCCUUCUAGAAACAAAUACCAAUCUAAUAAUAGCACAACUGCCUUGAAACAAGAAUACUUUUUCACUCGUGAUAGUGGAAUUUUUCAAUUGAUAUUUUGGAAGGAAGACUUAAAAUUUGCAUUUUCUGGUACAGUUUUACUCUUUGAGGCAUUUGCUCAAAAUGGACUACAAAACUUCUAAAUUUUCAAGAAGGGUAAAAUUUACAGAUGUAAACAAACUGCAACCUGAUGAAUUGUGAGGGAGGAUGGACCACUGGAAUAUCAUUUACUUGGAUACAUAUCUCGGUUUAAUCCUCACUAGCCCAUCAGCCUCUAAAUUCCAGGUAGUUUUGAUCUAUCCUGCAGAAGUUGGGGCUAUAGAAAGCCCUAAUGGUGAGGCUUUCUUUUAGCCCCAGAGGUUAAGAGAGACCUAGUACUUCUGUGACUCCAGAAGGCAUUGAAAUAGAUGUUUUAGAAUUUAGAUAUUAUUUGGGACAAAUUCUCCAUUAACCAUGAAGAAUUGAACCCAGGACUCUUAACUUCUAGUUAGGUAUGUUAUUGCACUCUAGCUACUUUUCUUCAUUACUCCAAAAGUGGAAAGUAAGUCAUAAAUGGAAAGUCAUGUGUUGGAGGGCCAAUAUAAGGGCAGUAUAGAGGUUCAAGUGUACUCACUGAUGCCUCAAUGUAAAGUGAAGGCAAAUCAAGUUCCAUUUUUUAUGUCUAAGCUUAUCAAUUGGUUACUGAAUAGCAAGUCAUAAAUUUGGUUGUAAUCAGGGAACAGGCUGAAAAUGUUAAAAAGUUGGAUGUUUGUGUGUGAAGAAGACAAUAGGGAGUGGUGAGCAGAAUCCUUUGAAGAUUCUCAUGGACCAAGGAUGCUCUUCAGAGAUCCUUCCUACAUGACAUCAGGUACAUUAAAAUACUUCUACAUACUACAUUAAAUAGAAAUUGCUGUUAAAGUUUGGGUGGAUAUUUAGAAUUUCUUUUUGAAAUUAUUUGACUGCAAUUAACUGUUUUGAUUGACAUUUAUCUACAGUGUAUUCAUAAUCAUGUAAACUACAUAAUCAGAGGUGCAUACAAAUUUUUGCCAAGGAAGUAAAUUGUUUUGAAAUGUAAUAAAUUUUACCUAUAAACUAAAUUAGUAUUCCAGAACUUAGCAUAAUGUACAUUUUAUAAGCAUGUCAUUAAAUUCAUUGGCUGUAUUUUCUGAGGGAUCUUUUUAAAAAUGUGUCAUUUUGGGAGAAGUAAAAGAGUGCUGAAAUUACUGCCAGUUACCAAAAAUCUCGUAGGCCCUAGUUACUCUGCCCGUAUGUCCAAUGGAAAAAAAAUAUUCAUAGUAGGGGUAUGUGAUCCACAGCAAAGCACAUGUACCUCCUAACUGCAUUAAUGUUGGAAAUGUUUUAAAAUACUCAGCCAGGUAGCCUUGAUUACCCCUGUGCAUAGUCACUCACUCACCUUAGCCAGGGUACACUCAUAUCCUUAUGAAUACAGACAUAUUCUUAGCAUUUAUUACUACUGUAUUAGUUUUCUAUUGCUGCUGUAACACAUCACCAUAUACAAUGACUUAACCCAAAUAUAUUAUCUUAUAGAUCUAGAUCAGAAAUCUGAAAGGGGUUUCACUGAGCUAUAAUCAAGGAAUGGGCAGGGAUGUGUUCUUUUCUAGAGACUUCAGAGGAGAAUUCUCCAUCCUUUUUCAACUUCUAGAGGCAGCUGACAUUCCCUGUCUCAUGGCCCUUUCUCCAUCUUUAAAGCCAGGAGUGAUCACCGGUUGAGUUUUUCUCACAUGGUACUGUUUUGACACUGGCUCCUCUACCUCCCUUUUCUACAUUUAAUGGACUCAUGAUUAUAUUGAGCCCACCUGGAUAGUCUGAAUGAUUUCUGUAAUCAAUCUUAAUUGAUUAGCAACUUUUAUCUCAUCUGCAACCUUAAUUCUUUGUUUCCAUGGAACCUGAUAAAUUCACAAACUUCUGAGAUAAGGGAGUACAUAUUGUUGGGGAGCCCUCUGCCUGCACAACUACAAAUAUUUUGUCUGUUUGCUUCCAUCUGUUUCUAUCUACUGGUAUAUAAACUCAGUAAUAAUAUAUAAAUGGGAGAUGGGAAUUCAGAAUUCUAGAACAUCGUCAAAUUUUUUAAUUUAAAACUCAUAUAAUUAAACCAUUGAUAAUACAGAUUAAAUAUCUGUAUCCAAAAGGCAUUAAGUGACUUUCCCAGGUUCCCCCAGCUCCAUAAUAGGUCAGAACCUGGGACUCGAUGUCAGUCAUUUUCUGUCUGUUAUAAAAUUAUCUGUUUUAUGAGGCAUCUCCAAUAUUUGCAUGUGAUAUAAUUUUGAGAUUAAUAGUUGGUUGAAUUCCUAGAAUGUGGAUACAGUAAAAGUUAUUUGUAGCUUUUAAAUGUAUAAUACUACAAUUCAUAAAUAUCAGUGUAGUUAGAAUGGUAUACAAGCAUUUGAAUACACCUUGGCUUUAUUAAUCUUUUUAAAUGUUCUAUAUAAAGCUCAGAUUAUAUCAGAAAACUACUUUUCAGACAAAAUUUUGGUAUAUUUCCAAGAUCCAUGAAUCUUACUAAUGACCCAAGGAUUUGGUUUACAAAACUGGUAUAUUAUGAUUAGAAUACAAAAAGGAUAAUUCUCUGACUUAAUAUUUUGUUCAGGUCAUCAGUUUCUUCUUUGGACUAAAUAUGGCUGCAAUAAUACAUUAAAUCACACCAUUAAGUUCAUGAAAAGAAGUGUCUAUUGAAGUAAAUGGCAUGUGUUAUUAGUAUAUGCCAUGAUUAACAUCGAACAAUUUGCUAGAAUUUUUAUUAAAAGCAAAUAUAGAAGUCCAGAAUGUAAAAUACAUAAUCAGAACUUAGUCCUCUGAGAAAGAAAGUGUUAUGAUUAAAAUUACUUUUUUGCAGAAGCAUCUUGGGAUGGGAAGUAUAGGAAUUAAAUUGGUUUCCAUAGUCUGACCUUCAGUAAGCAGCAAGCUUGUUAAACUUUGAAUCCUGCAUGCCUUGCCUUUAAAAUAAAUUAUGGGACUUUAUUAUGACUGGCACAAGGUACUGUGGAAGCUAUUUUGAUUUCAGUGCUUUCAUGUUUACAUCCUUUGUAAGUCACUGAAAGAUAUAUAAAUACCCACUCGCAUAUAUUUAAUUUAUGAAAUAAUUGAGCAAUAAGCAAGCUGUAAGUGAAUGUGUUCCAGAUGCAUUCAGAAGUUAAAAUUAAGUGAUACUAUUCUUAUAUAUAGUAAUACUUCAUAUACUGUGUAAUAUGAUUUCUAUUUAGCAAUAUUGUAUAGUAACAAACUCUUUCUUGCCAUGAGAGUCAGUUUAAUUUCUAAAUGAAUACCACAUCAUUUUAUGCUAUCAAGUUCUUCUUACCAUGUUAAAAAACAAAACAAAACAAAGCAAAAGAAGGUUAAAGCAGUGGUGGGGGUAAAAAUAAAAUAAAUGGCUUGAUAUUUUUCCUGUUGUUACUCUGUAGCUAUCCCAGAAAAUGCACUAUUUUUGAAGUUUGCUCCAGUACUUCUCAUCUGCCUGUCACAAUUUUUAAACAGAAAGAAA